AUGGAGAAUGAUUUCUAUGAUUCAACGGGACGUCCUUGGAAAGAAGCAAACUUUGAUCUUAAGUAUUUCUGGGCAGUGUUCGUUGCGCUGACAGCGCUAGCUACAACGUUUGCAAACGCGUUGGUUCUUCUUGCUGUAUGGAAAGAUCCUAAUAAGAAUUUGCAAAGAUCUCCGUCUAAUUUACUUAUCGCGAGUCAAGCGAUAGCUGAUUUCUUUGUAGGUUUGGUACAAGAGCCCUUGUGUGCCUGGUGGAUUUUAACGUUUUCUUCCAUAGCUGUUCACGCCAUCGAAGCCGUGAGUUCUCUGUUUUUAGUUUCUUCCGUUUUACACGCUGUGGCAUUGUCCUUCGAUCGAUACGUGGCUGUAGCGAGACCAUUACAGCAUAACGUUACUAUUACGAAGAGACGAGUCUUUCUAUGGAUUCUGGUUAUCUGGAUAAGCAGCAUCGUCUACAUGUCGUAUCGGACGAUCCUGAGAGAGCUCAACUACUCGAUCACGCUGAUUAAUAUCAUAUCUGGGGCUCACACUGUGCUUCCGUCAGUUAUCAGCGUCUUGUUCUAUAUUCGCCUUUACUGCAUGUUAAAAAAUCUUCGUAAGGGGGCAAGAGACCUUGACGAAUCAGGGAAAAUGGUCAUCAAUGCGUACCAAAGAGAACGCAAUAUGACAAAGGCCAUGGUGGUUGCACUGUGUUUGUUUUUAUUCUGUCUGACUCCCUGGUUUGUGUUCUACCAAGUCAUUGGUGCAUGUCCCACGUGCGAGGAACACGAAUCUUAUCAAAUGUACUUAUUUGCAAUAUUUUAUUACAUCUUUACCAUGAAAUCUUUGCUGAAUCCAUUCUUGUACGCGUGGCGCCUCCCAAAAUAUAAAGCGGUCUUCAAAACUCUGUUAAAAACGGGAAGAAAUAACCAUCGACGAAUCGAAGUGAUAAACUUAUCGGAAACAAGCUGAGAUGUAAAUAUGCUCCACAAAUGAGACCCCACGCUGAAAAACAACUUCAGCACAGGAAGGCUUUUAGUUGACG